UGGACUAAAGCGUCUAGUGUUGCACCAAGAUUUUCUGAUCAGAACCUUUACCUGAGAGAUCCCAAGCCACUGACCAAGGACCCCCUCAUAACACAGGUCUCUCUUAGUGGACCGGCUCAUCUGUGAACGAAGAGUUGCAGAAAGUAUUCAGUGAGUAUGCUUCCCAAAAUGGCAGCUGUCCCACCUCCUCCCCCUCCAGUUUUUACAUAUGCCUACAAAACUCCUUAUGAUGAAGCUUAUAAUUACUAUGGGGCGAGAAACCUUUUGGAUUCUAAUCCUGAAUAUUGUAAGUUUGCACUUGAUGGCCCAGGAAGGAUGGGAGUGGAGCCUACCACUUUUCCUAGCGCACCUGUAGCCGAACUGUCAUCACAGUCUGCUGGGAAGACAAGUACACCGGAUGCUACAAAGGAGAGAAUAAGAAUUUGUGGAAUGAUUUUUGAAGAUAAACCAAAAGCUACAAAAGAGGCAAUUCAGGCCUAUCAAAAAGAUCUGGAGCAACAGAUCAGAGAUAAAGAAGAGAAAAAAAAAAGGAAAAGGAAGAGCUGGCACAGUACGAAGCUAAAAUAGCAGCUGAAUGAAAAAUUAC